AUGUUACGUUCGAAGGCGACAGCCGCGUUGCUGCGGUUGAAGGAGAUGGACAGGAAGUACAAUAUUAAGUGUAUCGAGGGCAAACGGGGCCAGAGUAACGUAAGCACCGAAAGUUCUAUCGACGACACACCGAGGAACCUUCGAUCCGGCUUCAAAGCCUCCGGCAACGACGAACCUGACGCUGUUCGAAGUUUUACCGCCACCGACGCGGGAGAUGAGACCAGGUCAAAGGCUUCCUCCAAAUCCAAGAUACAAGUGAAGAUCCCGAGUCUUAUUGGAAAAGGCGACGAUAUCCUUAGCAGCAAAAAUGUAUCCACAUCGAAGAAGUCGUCCGAGGAUUCUUUUGAAAUAAGUAUCAAAACAUCGGUCGCAGAUGAGAGCAGGGACGUCCAAUCGAAUGGAGAAGACGUCUCGAUGACGAAGGAGUCUCCCAAAGCACUUUCAAGUUUGGAGUCCACCCUGAAAGAAGAUAGUAUCAAUGUCAAAGCCAAAGUCGAAGUUGAGGCAUCAGAGUCUGUGGAUCGUCUCAAAAACAGCGAUGAGUCCUCGGUUGCCACGAUUCUUUCCGAGGCGUCGGGAGGUUCUAAAAUCAUUUUUGGGACGAUCAGGUCGGUGGACGCCGAGUCAUCGACGAGAAGCAACAGGAAAUCGAACGUGUCGGAAGAAAUGGCGUCGAGGAGCAACGACCAGGAGUCGAAUGCUGCGAAUGACGAGGCGACGAUAGACGAGGUCAUCGGGAUCAGCGGUGAAAGGAGCGAAAUCAUCUCGGAACUGUCCCAUGCGACAGACAAGGACGAUAAUCGGUCGAAAGAUUCUUCCAGAGUGGAACAGAAGGAGUACGAGAGCGACACUUUCGAGGAGGCUGGCAGUUCCACCGCCUCGACGAGUUCUGCGGAAGACCGGCUGGAGGAAACGUUGACCAAAGAAACAUUUCAUAAUACAAUCAGAUCUGGUGUGAAACAGAUCAUGAUCACGCCCCACAAGCAAGUCGAGGGUGUACAGAAAAUCGUAACCGACGAUAGAGACAAAGAGAUCAUUGAACUUGUCGCGCCGAAAAUAAUGCAGAACACGAGUGAGUGUGAUAUCGGGCUCGACGAAGAACUAUCCAACUACGUGAAGACGAUGGAAAAUGUCGACGAGAUAUUGCCGAUCAGCCUCUUGAAGAUAUCUAAGCAAACAACGUCAGCUAGGAAACAGGUUCGAAGGAAUAAGAGGCACCGAAAGUCGUCCAACGAAAACACCAGCGAGUCGCUGGAGAAGACCGAAUCCCCGGAGUCUUCUGUUCUCGAGAAAUUAACGAUACGGAAGGAAAACAAAAAUGAGGACUACGAGCCAAGAGAAAAUAGCUCAGCGACUAUCAUCAAAGACAUGGGACAAAAGAACGAAAAGGAAAUUAAAACAAAAGAGACCUCUUUACUGGACGAACGAAGUAAACUCGAGACCGUCGAUGCAGAAAAGAAGACAUCAGAGAAUGAUACAUGUACCGUGGAAUCAAAAACUGUCUCUAGCGGGGUACUUCUGAAAGAGACUCCGAAAACGUCGGACGUUACGUGCACGCUGAGAGAGUUGAACAGAGACGCAAUCGACGCCAUUGCUAGGCGACAUAGAAUCAUCCGCGUACCGAAAAACACGUUUAAUAAAUCUAGAUACUCGCGGAAAUUAGGAACUAUAGUGAAGCUACCAUCCACCGAGUACGAAACACCCGGGAAAUACGAGUCGGACGAGAGCAGAACAGGGUCUUUGGAAAAUGUAAGAACGAUGAACGAAUCCAGUCAAGAUCAGAGAACCAAAAAAAGAAACAAGUCUAAAAGGAUCUCCAAAGCGUCGAAAAUCAGAAAGCCGCCUAGUUGCGGAAAAGUGGAAGAAAAACAAUCGCGUUUUGAUUGCAAACAGUCGCGUCGUUUGCGAAAGCAAGCUGCCGCCUUAAGGUUGCACCAGGAACGUCAGGACAUUCGUAAUUACUUGCUGGAAUUGGAAUGCACGCGAUUAGAGUUCGGUCCCGGUAACACGUUCGCCUCUUCCAAGCUGCCUCCUUUCAAACCCCUUGAAUUUCCAAAAAUCGCAACGUUCGAGAAACCUGAACCAGCAGACGUGAACGUAAACUCCAAACAUGAAGUUGCUGGACUGCAAGAGAGAAUAUCGACGAUAAAACAGUGGCUGAAAGAUCAAUACGUCCUUUAUAGGGACUACAGCAGUCUGGCGCAAACAAUGAAUGCAAAAUAUAUUCCAGCCAGUUUGGAGGAUGCAAAAAGGACGAUUCGCCAGCUACAGAAAGCGACGAUUAAGACCAGGUGACCGUCCGCUUCUGCGAAGCUUUCAACGGAAAGAACGGAGCACGUGCAACACGAUUCCUCUACGUAACAAAGUGAACGGAC